AUGCUGCAUCGAUUUUCUCCUUGGAGAGACAGGCAAGACGUACCGGAUCAGGAGGCACUGGAGGGACUGAAGUGGGACCAUGAUCACAAUCUGGAGGCACUGAAGGUACAGUGGGACCAGGAUCAGAAUCAGGACGCACUGAAGGGAGGGAAGUGGGACCAGGAUCAGAAUCAGGAGGAGUUACUAACGGGAAAGAAGAGGGACAAGGAUCAGAAUAAGGAGUCAAUAAAGGGAGAGAAGCUGGACCAGGAUCAGAAUCAGGAGUCACUAAAGAGAGAGAAGUGGGACCAGGAUCAGAAUCAGAAGGCGCUGAGGGACGAGAAGAGGGAAUCAGGAGGAACUGAAGAGAGAGAAGUGGGAUCAGAAUCAAAAGACAUUGAAUGGAAAGAAGUAGGACCAGGAUCAGAAUCAGGAGGGACUGAAGGGAGAGAAGUGGGACCAGGAUCAGAAUCAGGGAACACUGAAGGGAAAGAAGUGGGACAAGGAUCAGAAUCGGGAGACACUGAAGGGGGAGAAGACCAGGAUCAGAAUCAGGAGGGACUGAAGGGAGAGAAGUGGGACCAGGAUCAGAAUCAGGGAACACUGAAGGGAAAGAAGUGGGACAAGGAUCAGAAUCGGGAGACACUGAAGGGAGAGAAGUGGGACCAGGAUCAGAAUCAGGGAACACUGAAGGGAAAGAAGUGGGACAAGGAUCAGAAUCGGGAGACACUGAAGGGUGAGAAGUGGGACCAGGAUCAGAAUCAGGAGACACUGAAGGGAGAGAAGUGUGAUCAGGAUCAGAAUCAGGAGGAAUUGAAGAGAGAGAAGUGGGAUCAGAAUCAAAAAAUUGAAUGGAAAGAAGUGGGACCAGGAUCAGAACCAGGAGGGACUGAAGGGAGAGAAGUGGGACCAGGAUCAGAAUCAGGAAACGCUGAAGGGAAGAAAGUGGGACAAGGAUCAGAAUCAGGAGACACUGAAGAGAAAGAAAUGGGACUAGAAGACACUGAAGAGAGAGAAGUGGGACCAGGAUCAGAAACAGGAGACAGUGAAGAAAGAGAAGUGGGUCCAGGAUCAGAAUCAGGAGACACUGAAGGGAGAGAAGUAGGACCAGGAUCAGAAUCAGCAGACACUGAAGGGAGAGAAGUGGGGUCAGGAUCAGAAUCAGGGGAACUGAAAGUAGAGAAGUGGGAUCAGAAUCAAGAGACACUGAAUGGAAAGAAGUGGGACCAGGAUCAAAAUCAGGAGGGACUGAAGGGAGAGAAGUGGGACCAGGAUCAGAAUCAGGAGGCACUGAAAGGAAAAAAGCGGGACAAGGAUCAGUAUCAGGAGACACUGAAGAGAAAGAAAUGGAACCAGGAGACACUGAAGGGAGAGAAGAGAGAAGUGGAACCAGGAUCAGAAUCAGGAGACACUGAAGGGAGAGAAGUGGGACCAGGAUCAGAAUCAGGAGACAUUGAAAGGAAAGAAGUAGGACCAGGAUCACAAUCAGAAAGCACUGAAGGGAGAGAAGGAGAGAAGUGGGACCAGAAUCAAAAUCAGGAGGCACUGAAGGAGGGGUUUGACCAGGAUCAGAAUCAGGAGACACUGAAGGGAGAGAAGAAGGACCAGGAUCAGAAUCAGGAGACACUAAAGGUAGAGAAGUUUGACCAGGAUCAGAAUCAGGAGACACUGAAGGGAGAGAAAGAAGUAGGACCAGGAUCAGAAUCAAGAGGCACUGAAGGGAGAGAAGCGGGACAAAGAUCAGGAGGUACUGAAGGGAGAGAAGUGGGAUCAGAAUCAGGAUUAAGAGGCUCAGAAAGGAGAAAAGUGGGAACAGGAUCAGGAUCAGGAGACACUGAAGGGAGAGAAGAGGACCAGGAUCAGAAUCAGGAGGCACUGAAGGGAGGGAAGUGGGACCAGGAUCAGAAUCAGGAGACACUGAAGGGAGAGAUGUGA